AUUUAACUGCGCCGCGGCGGCUGCGGCGACUGCGGCGCCGCGGACUGGAGGCCGGCGUCGGGGAAGGUGGCCGUCCUGGAUUGUGCACGAGGUGUUGAUCUGGCCGCUUCUCCCGGUCUCUACUUAGCGCGCCCCGCCGGGCUGCACGUUCCGGACGCUUCUGCGGCGCAAGACUUCAAGUGAGAUCCCCAGGAGACCAGACCCAAUGGCUUCCUGGAAGACCCCCUGGUGGUUGCUGAAGUGGAUGGUCUUCACACACUCUACUCUCCUGCAGACCACAGCAGAGAAGUCUCCGGGAGCCUAUUUCCUUCCCGAGUUUGCACUCUCUCCUCAGGGAAGUUUUCUUGAAGAUACAACAGGGGAGCAAUUCCUUACUUAUCGCUAUGAUGACCAGACCUCAAGAAAUGCUCGUUCAGAAGAAGAAAAAGAUGGCAACUGGGACGCUUGGGGAGCCUGGAGCGACUGCUCUCGGACGUGCGGGGGCGGUGCGUCCUACUCCCUGCGCAGAUGCCUGACUGGGAGGAAUUGUGAAGGGCAGAAUAUUCGGUAUAAGACAUGCAGCAAUCAUGACUGCCCUCCAGAUGCAGAAGACUUUCGAGCCCAGCAGUGUUCAGCCUACAAUGACGUUCAGUAUCAAGGACGUUACUAUGAAUGGCUUCCGCGGUACAAUGACCCUGUUGCCCCAUGUGCGCUCAAGUGUCAAGCGCGGGGACAAAAUUUGGUCGUGGAGCUGGCACCUAAAGUCCUGGAUGGGACCCGCUGCAACGCUGACUCUCUGGACAUGUGCAUCAGCGGCGCCUGUCAGGCAGUGGGCUGCGACCGGCAGCUGGGGAGCAGCGCCAAGGAGGACAACUGCGGAGUCUGUGCCGGCGAUGGCGCCACCUGCAGGCUUGUGCGGGGACAGUCGAAGUCACACGUUUCUCCUGAAAAAAGAGAGGAAAAUGUAAUUGCUGUUCCUUUGGGAAGUCGAAGUGUGAGAAUUACAGUGAAAGGACCUGCCCACCUCUUUAUUGAAUCAAAAACACUGCAAGGAAGCAAAGGUGAACACAGUUUUAACAACGCUGGAGUCUUUGUUAUAGAAAACACAACAGUUGAAUUUCAGAAGGGUUCAGAGAGGCAAACCUUCAAGAUUCCAGGACCUCUGACGGCUGAUUUCAUCUUCAAGACCAGGUACACUGUGGCCAGAGACAGUGUGGUCCAGUUCUUCUUUUACCAGCCCAUCAGUCAUCAGUGGAGACAAACCGACUUCUUUCCCUGCACUGUGACGUGUGGAGGAGGAUAUCAGCUCAAUUCUGCAGAAUGUGUGGAUAUCCGCUUGAAGAGAGUCGUUCCUGACCAUUAUUGCCACUACUACCCUGAAAAUGUGAAGCCAAAACCCAAACUGAAGGAAUGUGGCAUGGACCCUUGCCCAUCAAGUGAUGGAUUUAAAGAGAUUAUGCCCUACGACCACUUCCAACCUCUUCCUCGCUGGGAACAUAAUCCUUGGACUGCGUGCUCCGUGUCCUGUGGGGGAGGGAUUCAGAGGCGGAGCUUCGUGUGUGUGGAGGAGUCCAUGCAUGGGGAGGUGCUGCAGGUGGAGGAAUGGAAGUGCAUGUACGCACCCAAGCCCAAGGUCAUGCAGACUUGCAAUCUGUUCGAUUGCCCCAAGUGGAUCGCCAUGGAGUGGUCUCAGUGCACGGUGACUUGUGGCCGAGGGUUACGUUACCGGGUCGUUCUGUGCAUCAACCAUCGUGGACAGCACGUUGGGGGCUGCAACCCACAGCUAAAGUUACACAUCAAGGAAGAAUGUAUCAUUCCCAUCCCAUGUUAUAAACCAAAGGAAAAAAGUCCGGUGGAAGCUAAAUCACCUUGGCUAAAACAAGCGCAAGAACUAGAAGAGACCAGAAUAGCAACGGAAGAACCAACGUUCAUUCCAGAACCCUGGUCAGCGUGCAGCACCACGUGUGGGCCAGGUAUUCAGGUCCGAGAGGUGAAGUGCCGCGUGCUCCUCACGUUCACGCAGACGGAGACCGAGCUGCCUGAGGAAGAGUGUGAAGGCCCCACGCUGCCCACGGAGCGGCCCUGCCUCCUGGAAGUGUGUGAUGAGAGCCCGGGCUCCCAAGAGCUGGACAGUCCUCUCCACGAGGACGGUGAGAUGACUUACGACUGGGAGUAUGCAGGGUUUACCCCUUGCACUGCGACAUGUUUGGGAGGCCGUCAGGAAGCCAUAGCAGUGUGCUUACAUAUCCAGACCCAGCAGACGGUCAACGACAGCUUAUGUGACACGGUUCACCGCCCUCCAGCAAUGAGCCAGGCCUGUAACACGGAACCCUGUCCCCCCAGGUGGCACCUGGGUUCCUGGGGGGCCUGCUCAGCUACCUGUGGUGUUGGAAUUCAGACCCGGGACGUGUAUUGCCUGCACCCAGGGGAGUCCCCUGCCCCUCCUGAGGAAUGCAGAGAUGAAAAACCACAUGCUUUACAAGCAUGCAAUCAGUUUGACUGCCCCCCAAGCUGGCAUAUUGAAGAAUGGCAGCAGUGUUCCAGGACAUGUGGUGGAGGAACUCAGAAUCGAAGAGUCACCUGUCGGCAACUGCUAACAGAUGGCAGCUUUUUGAAUCUCUCGGAUGAAUUGUGCCAAGGACCCAAAGCGUCAGUCCACAAGUCCUGUGCCAGGACCGACUGUCCCCCACACUGGGCUGUGGGAGACUGGUCAAAGUGUUCUGUCAGCUGUGGUGCUGGGAUCCAGAAGAGGGAGCAGGUGUGUCAGAGGAUGACAGCCAAAGGCCGGCGCGUUCCCCUCAGUGAGACCGUGUGCGGGGAUCUCCCAGGGCUCCCUCUUGAAAGAUCCUGCCAGAUGCCUGUGUGCAGGAAAAUGAAACCAGAGAUGAAAACAAAGCUUGGUGAGCAGGGUCCCCAGAUCCUCAGUGUCCAGAGAGUCUACAUUCAGACGAGAGAGGAGAAGCGUAUUAACCUGACCAUCGGUAGCAGGGCCUAUUUGCUGCCCAACACAUCUGUGAUAAUUAAAUGCCCAGUGCGACGAUUCCAGAAAUCUCUGAUCCGGUGGGAGAAGGAUGGCCAUUGCCUGCAGAACUCCAAACGGCUUGGUGUCACCAAGUCUGGCUCACUAAAGAUCCACAGUCUGGCAGCCACCGACAUCGGCGUGUACCGGUGCAUUGCCGGCCCUGCACAGCAAACAGCAGUGCUGAAGCUCAUAGGUACUGACAACCGGCUCAUUGCACACCCAGCCCUCCCAGAACACCUGAGGGCGUAUCCUGGGAUGGACCACAAGGAAGCCAAUGACUUGGGAGUCACAUGGCAUAAAAUGCGACAGAUGUGGAGUGGCAAACAUGAGCUUUAUCUGGGUGACGGCCAAAUUCAUAACCAGUCUUUCCUGAGAGCUCUUUUAGGUCACUGCAGCCACUCUGAAGGAAACACCAACUCCUGGGAGUUUAAAGACAAGCAGUUUGAAGCGGCAGUUAAACAGGGGGCCUACAGCAUGGAUGCAGCCCAGUUCGAUGAACUGAUCAGAAACAUGAGUCAGCUCCUGGAGACGGGAGAGGUCAGUGACGACCUGGCAUCCCAGGUGAUUUACCAGCUGGUGGCUGAGUCAGCUAAGGUGCAGCCCACACCCAGGCAGUGGACGGGCAUCCAGGAAGAGGUGGCUCCUGCUAUUCAGCUGAAGGGGGGGACAGAAAGUGGGCGCCAAAGCACGAAUGCAAAGAACUCAGGCAAGUUGACAUUCAAGCCAAAGGGACCUGUCCUCAUGAGGCAAAGCCAUCCUCCCUCAGUCUCAUUUAAUAAAACGAUAAACUCAAGAAUUGGAAACAUAGUAUAUAUCACAAAAAGGACAGAGGUCAUCAACAUACUGUGUGAUGUUAUUACCCCCAGUGAGGCCACAUAUACAUGGACCAAGGAUGGAGCACUGUUACAGCCCUCGGUGAAAAUAAUUCUGGAUGGAACUGGGAAGAUGCAGAUACGGAAUCCUACAAGGAAAGAACAAGGAAUAUACGAGUGCACUGUAGCUGAUCGCCACGGGUCAGAUGUGGAAAGUUCUUCUGUGCUGUAUGCAGAGGCACCUGUCAUCUUGUCUAUUGAAAGAAACAUUACCAAACCAGAGCACAACCAUCUGUCCAUUGUGGUUGGAGGCACUGUGGAGGCAGCCCUUCAAGCAAAUGUGACGAUCCGAUGUCCUGUGAAAGGUGCCCCUCAGCCUAAUAUAACUUGGUUGAAGAAAGGAGGAUCUCUGAGUGACAGUGUUUCCUUGCUUUUCAAUGGAUCCCUGUUGUUGCAGAAUGUUUCCCUUGAAAAUGAAGGCACCUACAUCUGCACAGCCACCAAUGCUCUUGGAAAGGCAGUGGCAGCAUCUGUGCUCCACUUGCUGGAACGAAGAUGGCCAGAGAGUAAAACUGCAUUUCCCAAGGGACAUAAACAGUCUGUUCUCAAGGCAUCCAAUAGUGGAACCAACAGCAAUGGCCCAACAGGAGAACCCCUGCUUCAAGAACCUGUUUGGGAGCCUGGUAACUGGUCACAUUGUUCUGCCACCUGUGGACACUUGGGAGUCCGCAUUCAGAGACCCCGCUGUGUGAUGGCCAAUGGGCAGGAAGUGAGUGAGACCAUGUGUGAUCACCUCCAGAAGCCACUGGCUGGGUUUCAGCCUUGUAACAUCCAGGACUGCCCUGCAAGGUGGCUCACAAGUGUGUGGUCAGAGUGCUCUGUGACUUGCGGUAAAGGAUUCCACAGUCGGCAAGUGACAUGCAAGCAGACAGGAGCCGAGGGGAUGGUGCAGGUGGUGUCUCCAGCAGCAUGUGCCCGUAGAGAGCGGCCUCUGGGAAGAAAGCCAUGUUCUGUCCAUCCGUGUGCUCCACGGGAACCAGGGAACCAGUGUCCUGGACAUUGCAGGGGUCAUGGUGUGAGGAUGCAGCAGCGCCACACAGCUUGUCAGCACCACAACAGCUCUGACUCCAACUGUGACAACAGAAGGAGACCCACCUUACGGAGGAACUGUGCGUCAGGGGCCUGUGAUACCUGUUGGCGUGCGGGCCCCUGGAGGCCCUGUACAGCAGCCUGUGGCAGGGGCUUCCAGUCUCGGAAAGUUGACUGUCUGCACACAAGGAGCUGUACGCCUGUGGCUGAGAGACACUGUGUGCAGAAAAAGAAACCAGCUUCCUGGCGGCACUGUCUGGGGCCUUCCUGUGAUAGAGAUUGCACAGAUACAACACACUACUGCAUGUCUGUGAAGCGCCUUAAUUUGUGCUCACUGCCCCUCUACAGACAAAGGUGCUGUCAGUCAUGUCGAGAAGGAUAAACCUCUGGAGGGGUCAUGAUGCUGCUGUGAAGAUAAAAGGAAAAUGCCAAAGCUCUUCUCCGCAUGUCGCUGGUUCAGAAUAUAUAUGUAUUUCUUAAAAGACUCUAGAUUCUAUGAUCAAAGAGGGGUUGAUACAAAAACACCACUGUUAAAAUUUUGUAAAGCAAAAUUUUCCCAUGGUCAAUUUUUAAUUCCAAUUUUUAAAAUUGCUGCAUUCUAGGAUUAACAAAAAUACCAUAAUGUACCUGCCAUUGCAUGUCCUCAUCAAGUCUGUCUAAUCAGGAAAUCCCCAGGGUCACAGGGCACCAACAUGUGCUAGCUCUUUCCUGUGGUUUGU